CUCAGCAGGAGCAGAAGCAGCAGCGGAAAGGCACAGAGUUGCACUAGAGGUGUUCCCGACAGAAACGAACGUUGUUUACACAGACAGUUUUACUCCUGAAAUAUUAAAAGGUGAGCCAUAGAGGAGAGAAACUGUUGCUUUAUUUCGGUAUCGAUCCGCCUGACGCUGGAAUCGGUCAGUAAACGUAGCAUCUGCGGCCGGCUACUUUGGUAUCGAUCCGCCCACCUCUACCUUCUCCGGGGGUCUUCAGCCGCUAACCGUCCUACAGCAGGAGAGCUACACUUCAGCUCCCAGUUGGGAAUCUAUGCCAUCUGUGGCUGGAUGGACAAGGCAAAAGAGUACAAAAGGAAGUUCUUCCUCCUCCUCAUUGCUACCCUCAUCUUCAUUAUCUGUAUCACUAUCACAUCCAUGACGUACAGGACCGCCCCAAAGCCAUGUGUAGCUCUUAAAACUUGCCGCUUGCAGGUCUCUGAGCAGACCAUCACCCCCCUCAGCAAUACCAAGCACUUCCUGGUGUCAGCCUACAUGGAUCAGAGAGUGAAGGACUUCGAUAUUCGCAUCAUUGGCAUAUUUAGGAGAGACUCCAUCCAAUCCCUUUACUGUCUUUUCUGCUGUGCUGACUGGUUAUCACACACAACUCCAACAAAAAUUUUGAAACACUCAGACAGCUUUGGUUUUCCUUUCAUCACCACUGAUGUCAUGUGUCAGAUUCCUGAUAACUGCAGCGCUACACAUGUCAGUCUCCUGACUCAUCCAGACAGAGAGAUGAUACUAGCCAACCAGAUCUGGCUUCCUAUAAGAAACCAGAAGAUCAAUGGGAACGAGGAGAGGAAGUUGCAGUUUAACUUUACCGUCUGCGUCUCCAACCUGUUUGGAAACUACAACAAUGUGCUUCAGUUUGCACAGACCCUGGAGAUGUACAGGUUGCUGGGUGUAGACAGAGUGGUGAUUUACAACACCAGCUGUGGCCCAGACCUGGAGCGCCUGCUGCAGAGCUACAGCCAGGAGGGCUUCGUGGAGAUGGUUCCUUGGCCCAUCGACAAGCAUCUGAAUCCAUCUCGUGGCUGGCUCUUCUCACAGAGCGGAGGGGACGUGCACUACUUCGGCCAGCUGACCACCCUUAACGAGUGUAUUUACAGAUCCAUGGCCCGCUCACACUACGUCUUGUUGAAUGACAUUGAUGAGAUUAUAAUGCCGUACCAGCACAACAAUCUGAUGUCUCUGAUGGACAUGCUCCAAGAGCAGCAUCCAAAUACAGGAAUCUACCUCAUUGAGAACCACAUCUUCCCCAAGAAACAUUUUGAGCCAAGUGGGAGGUUUCACCUGCCUCAGUGGGACGCCGUGCCGGGAGUUAAUAUUCUGGAGCACAUCUACAGGGAGGACCCCGACAGAAAUAUUUACCACCCAUACAAGAUGAUUGUUCAGCCAAGGUUGGUGGUGCGUACUUCAGUGCAUGACGUGCUCAGGCAUUAUGGACGACAGAUUAAGGUUCCGAUGGAGAUUUGUCGGCUCAUUCAUGUCCGCGUGCCUCUGCGGGGGUCGUUGAAGCUGGAGCAGCUCAAUGAGGACAAACGACUGUGGGACUUCCACGAAGAGCUGAUUCCCAAUGUGGACAAAGCACUGAGGAGAGCGGGGCUGCUGAGCCCAGAGGGGCAGAGCUGAUGUGUAAUAGACACUCUGAUGUCACACGUGCUGAACAGGUUGAAUGUGACCCUCAGCAGCGGGGUCAUUUCAUAUCAUCCUGUUUUAAUCUCAGUGUCACUGCUACUGAUUUCUAAAAUGAUUCCUUAUCUUGCACUAAAGGGACACCACACCCCCUUCCGUCAACGACUACUGUCAUAAUGCUGGCACUGAUGCUAAAAACUACACUGGAUUAAACGCUGCUUAGUUGUCUUUAUUUUAAGAAUGCUCAACUUUCAAAGUACUGUAGAUGCACUGACUGUUUGGAGAGCGACUAAGUGUCCUAAUCAGUUGCGACCACCCUCCCCCUGCAUUUUAUCUAUGACUGAAUAUUCAAACUAAUAAUAUAACACCUUGACAUCCUCUCUGAACAUGCACUCCCUAUCCAACAACCUCUUCUAAGACAAAGGGCGCCAUCUUACACCUACUCAAAGACAGCGCAACUGUUACUGCUAGUUUCAGAGCGAUACAGUUGCCAUUUUUACAGCCAGCACCCACACUGUGUAAGUAGCAAAUGUAAUUGUGGUUAUCUGUGUGGCCAUGGCUGUGUAGAUCUUUAAAUGAGGUAUGGUCAGGCCCUUUUUUGAGGCAGCAGAAAGCAAUUGUGCCACUGACCAACAAAAACCUGGUCUAAAGUCAGAAUGGCACAGUAUUUAAAUUACAUUCUCUAAAAUGUGAACAUAGCAGAGCUACAGAGCUGCUGUUCGCUGCUGUUCUCCCCUUUACAAGAGACGCUGUGCUUAUUUACACACAAGGAGCAGCGUAAUAUCAUUGAUUAUUUCAGAAGCUAAAAGCUUGGUUCUGUUUCCUCUGUCAAGUUCAUAACCACAGUUUUUAGUUUUGCUGUUAAAAUGUCCCAUGAUAUUUGCUGCAGUGACAUUUCUGCUCUUACUGUAUUUCUCUCAGCAGAAAACCACUCAGCUCUCUAAUUUGCUAAAGCUGCUGUAUAAAUAGCAGUGCACCAGGUGCAGGCACACCUGGCUGUUAAAGGGAAUGGGAGAUGACACACUGAUUGAAUUUGUGUUAUUCCCAAAACACACCUAUGAUUAAUUUAAGGGACUUAAUACAGCACAUCUGCCCCUUGUGUUUUACUUUGUGCCCAGAUUAUGUGCUGUUUAACUAGCAGAAGUGGACUUGCUCUAAAUGCACUUGCACCAUGCACUUUAGACUCUUUUACUGUUAGUAAACAGUAUGGCAUGUUUAGGUGGGCGGGGCUUAGCUGGAGGCAAAACACAGACAUUAGCUAGCACUAGUUAGCAAGUUCUGUUGGCUUGUUUUAGACAAUGGAGGAAGAUGAUGGGAGUGGUGAAUUCAGAUAUACUCAUUCCGAGUGUCUGAGUGUCGAAAAAUUUGAGCACUGAGGGAAUGUCCCAUUAGGUUAUCCAGAGCUAGGAACUCUGUUUGGGGAGACGGAGCAGCAGAGCGCUGAGUGAAGUGUAUGUGUGAUUAACUUAAACGUUCAUUAAUUCAUAUAGAAAUAUAACGCUCUGUUUCUUCGACCAAGAGGGCUCUCAUUUUAGUGUAGAGCGUCAGUUUGAAUUUAUGAAUGCGCCAUGUCAGGUCGCUCACUCUAUGGGACCAUGAGUGCUACUUGAAUAAGUAAACACUGACCAACGGGACCAGACUAGCCGACCCAUACGCUCUCACUCAGUGGAUGGAUGAUGUCACAGGAAGCUUUGUGGUUGAUUACAAUGCCUGUCUUAAAAAGGAGGACGACACUUGAACAGUUUCCGUCAGUUUGUUUUGCUAUAGAAGCUAACGUUAGCUAAUGCGCUAAAAAGUUUGCGUUACGAAGAAAUCCAAUAUCCCUCUUAAUACCUCCCCGAUUUCUGAUUAGGUUGACUUUUCUCUAACUUGAUAUGAAGUGUGCUCUGCACAUGUGAGCAUUUCUGAUAAUCACCUCUGCCCAGUCCUUUUGUUUAUCACAUUUAACCAUAGCUGUCUUUGUUUUUGUUGACCGGCAGUGGCGGCUGUCAGUGAUAAAUUUAAGUUUGAGCCAUAAUUAUUCUAUUCUGGCUCCCAAUAACACAACAAGACCACAUUAGGUGGCAAGUCGUGUUUUGCCUCUAGCUAACAAACUGACCUCAUUGUGACAUCGGCCCUAAAAGAGUCUACAGAUCCUUUAAAUAGGGCGCUAAUAAUCUACAGCCCUGCUUGCUGCUCUGUAAGGCUGUAGUCAGGCACAGUGAUGUCAAGGGAUCAUUGAGGUAAUACUUCAGGGGACAUUAAUGUAUGCAAGUUAAAUGGCAGUCCAGAUAACAGUGGACUGAAAACCAAGAGAAAAAGUCACAGCAUCACCAAAGUCGUUAGGAUGCAUCAACUUGAGACAAUGAAUUUCUGCACAAAACUGAUGAGAUGUUGAGUUUUCAGUCUGGACCAAAACAGGGUCCUGACAUCAUCAUUCCAAGAGCCAGAACACACACAUGGCUUUAAAAACACAUCAACAAUACUACUGAAAGUGUAAAAACAUUUAUGCAACUAAACACACAAAAAGAGAUGUUGUCAGUAAGAUGACUGAUUAUUGGCUGAGGUUUCAGAUCGAGAGGUUUGAGACAACAACUGUUUGUUUUUAGUUUCAAUGAUUCUGGUCAGACGCAGUUCUGUUUGUCUUGAUUUUUUUUUUUUUUUUUUUUUUUUUUUUU